GCCAGAGCUGACUCAGUGAAGUCAAUCAGUUAGUGGGAAGCAGUGGUUGUUGGGAAAUAAGUGCAGGUGCCGCAGGUGCGAUUUAUUACUAAAAACAGUGGGAAGUGCCGGCUGGUGCUCAGAAUUCUCUGUCCCUGUCUGAAAAGCAACGUGAGAAGGGGGUAUUGAUCCCCCCCAGCCAAUGAAGAACCUCUAAAUGCAUUUUUUCCAGACCAUUCUUAGGUGGAAGACUGCAAAAGGCCAGAAGUCCGUAACCUUCAAAAAGGAUGAUGGCCCCUACUCCAAAGGAAACAAAGAUCCAGCCGGAAAUGAUUUGGCUUUGGUCUCUAGGCGACAGAGCAUCCCAGAGGAGUUUCGGGGGGUAACCAUUGUGGAGCUGAUUAAGAAAGAAGGAAGUACGUUGGGGCUGACCAUCUCCGGUGGUACAGACAAAGAUGGAAAACCGAGGGUGUCUAACUUGAGGCCAGGAGGCCUGGCAGCCAGGAGUGAUCAACUGAACAUUGGGGAUUACAUCAAGUCUGUGAAUGGCAUCAACCUGACUAAACUACGUCAUGAAGAGAUCAUCAGCCUGCUGAAAAACGUGGGCGAGCGAGUGGUCCUAGAAGUGGAGUAUGAGCUGCCUCCUGGAACUCCAGAUAACAGCUCAGCCAUCAUCCCAAAGACUAUCGAAAUCACCUUGUGCAAAGAGGGCAACAGCUUUGGCUUUGUAAUGAGAGGAGGAGCACAUGAGGACUGGCAUAAGUCCAGAGCACUGGUUGUAACCUAUGUGAGGCCUGGAGGACCAGCAGACAGGGAGGGGACCCUGAAAGUUGGUGAUCGGCUGCUUUGUGUGGAUGGUAUUUCGCUCCAUAAUAUAACCCAUACUGAUGCUCUGAGCAUUCUCCGACAGUGUAGCCAAGAGGGUGUCUUCCAGAUAGAAUAUGAUGUUGCUCUCAUGGACACUGUGACCAAUGCAUCCGGACCUCUGCUAGUGGAAAUCGCCAAGACCCCAGGAUCUACUCUGGGAAUUUCUCUGAGCACAGGAACUCACCGAAACAAGCAGGUCAUUGUUAUAGACAAGGUGAAACCUGCCAGUGUGGUGGACAGGUGCGGAGCUCUGCAUCCAGGGGAUCACAUUCUGUCCAUCGAUGGCACUAGCACAGAGCACUGCACUCAAAUGGAAGCCACGCAGCUCUUGGCCAGCAUCAUAGAGAAUGUAAAACUGGAAAUUCUCCCAGCCCAUCACAGCAGACUCCCUCUGAGACCCCCAGAAACGGUUAAGGUUCAGAAGAGCGAUCAUCAUCACUGUUGGGACCCCUGUGUUAACUACUGCCAUACACCCCAUCCUGGGCACUGCAAGACUCCAACAUGGAACCCUACGUCUAACCAAGACUAUUGCAAGUCGUUGGUUGCUGCCAAUUUCUCUUCCUCCUCUGUAGCCGGAACACCAGGAUUUAGCAGCCAGAAUUCCAAUACCCUUCCACGCACAGUGCACCCAAUGAGCCCAAGAACCACUAUGAACAGGAGGCGACAGAAAAGGAAGGACCAUAAAAGCUCCUUGUCCUUGGCUUCCAGUACUGUGGGGCCUGGUGGGCAGAUAAUACACACGGAGAGCACAGAGAUCAUUCUACGCGGAGAUCCAUUAAAUGGUUUUGGAAUUCAGCUGCAGGGAGGGAUUUUUGCCACAGAGACCUUGUCAUCACCUCCUCUGAUAAGGUUUAUUGAGCCAGACAGUCCCGCUGAGAGGUGUGGGCUCCUACAGGUUGGGGACAGACUACUUUCGAUUAAUGGGAUCCUGACUGAAGAUGGGACGCUAGAAGAAGCCAACCAGCUAUUGCGGGAUGCAGCCCUGUCCAAUAAAGUGGCGCUGGAGAUUGAGUUUGAUGUGGCAGAGUCUGUGGUUCCCAGCAGUGGUACGUUCCACGUCAAACUGCCGAAAAGGAAAGGAGUGGAGUUGGGGAUCACCAUCAGCUCAGCCAGCAGAAAACCAGGGGAGCCGUUAAUUAUAUCCGACAUCAAGAAGGGCAGCGUGGCACACAGAACCGGCACCUUAGAGCCUGGAGAUAAACUGUUGGCCAUUGACAACAUCCGACUGGACAAUUGCUCUAUGGAGGAUGCUGUGCAGAUACUGCGCCAGUGCGAGGAUCUCGUUAAGCUGAAGAUCCGUAAAGAUGAGGAUAAUUCAGAUGAGCAGGAGACUUCUGGUGCCAUUAUAUACACCGUUGAGCUCAAGAGAUACGGUGGGCCACUGGGGAUCACAAUAUCAGGGACUGAGGAGCCAUUUGAUCCAAUUGUUAUCUCUGGGCUUACAAAAAGAGGAUUGGCUGAAAGGACUGGAGCCAUUCACAUCGGGGACCGGAUCCUGGCCAUUAACAACAUUAGCCUGAAAGGAAAACCACUAAGUGAAGCCAUCCACCUUCUUCAAAUGGCAGGAGAAACUGUGACCCUCAAGAUAAAGAAACAGACAGAGCGAAUAUUCCCCCAAAGGCUUUCAGACAGUAUGAAUGAAGGGAGUGACCCUGAGGAUGACCUGACAGACUCUCAAAAAACAAGUAAACUGUCUGAGAUCUACUCCACCACAGUCCCCAGUGUGGAUAGUGCCCUAGAGUCUUGGGAUGGAUCUGGUAUUGAUGCAGGUUAUGGGAGUCAGGGAACGUAUGUGCCUCAAGCUGUUGGUAUCUCCCUCCACCCUCAUGAGUGGAGAACAAGCCGACAGAAGAGCAACACACCUCCUGUAGAGCAUAGAAAGAGCUACCCCUUUCUGGAUGGAAGUUUCAAUGAACAAGACUGGGAAAAGCCAACACGAUACCCCAGCCAGCCAAAUGGCCUGGAAACUGACCAUGACGAUAGCUUUUGGCGUGUUUUCGGAGAAGCCCUUGAAGACCUUGAAACAUGUGGACAGUCAGAACUUUUGAGAGAAAUAGAGGCCUCCAUUAUGACUGGUAGCGUGCAAGAUUUGGGUCUAGACAGCAGCCAAAUACUUCUGGAAAAUUCCAGCCAAGGAGGGCAUGUACUGUUCAGGAGGGGAAGCCAUCACAUCAGCAGCAACAGCCCCAAGAAGGAGAACAAAUUAAGCCAGGAUGCUAGAAGCAAAAAGGAAGAGGUGCACAAUGCACAGUCCUUAACCACAGAGUUACUAAAGGUAACUGUACAGAAAGAUAUGGAUACUGAUGACUUUGGAUUCAGCGUGUCAGAUGGUCUCCUGGAGAAAGGUGUCUAUGUAAAUAUGAUUCGACCUGGGGGUCCAGCAGACAGAAGUGGUCUGAAAACUUAUGAUCAGAUCUUGCAGGUGAACCAUGUGCGUACCAGGGAUUUUGACUGUUGCCUGACCGUGCCACUUCUGUCUGACGCUGGUGACCGGCUUGAUCUGGUGAUUAGUCGCGGUUUGUCCAUUAAAGCAGAGGAGAUGGGGGUAGAGCAGAUAAAAGGUCCAUUGAGAAUGGAGACACAGACAAGCACAAAGACUCUCUGAACCCUAAAUUAAUCAUUUCAGGAGAUUAAUGUUUAAACUGUUGAAAGCUGGGUGUUGCCCAUUUAUUAUUUUUAAUUAGCGAAGGGGAUAAGCUACUUAUUUUUUAACGUGUGUUUAUGUAUUGUCAGCACUUAGAUUAUAUUGUACAAAGUGAAACUGUGCAGAGGUCUGUUUCCAGUGGUGCAGGGGUCACCCUUCCCUGCCUCUUUUCACCCCAUCACAAUUAAGUUAUCACUUUCCUAUUCCCUGUAUUGACGUUGGUUACAGAACCCUGGUGGUUAAGGUUUAUCCUGUACUUAUGGUGCUAUUCCUUUAUUAGCGUUCGAUUAUAGCUUUUUCACCCCACGGAAACACACCCGCACUACACAAUUAUUGAGGAAAUGCACAAAGACUUGCUAGAUCACAGGCAUUGGGGCCUUCCAAGGCUCCUCUGCCAACCAGUGUUGGGCAUUAUAGUUCAUUCAUAGCAUCAGAGGCAGUUGUAUCUCUUCUAAAUGGAUAAUAGCGUACUCACCUCCCCCCCCGUGUGAUUUGUUCAACACUUGCACUAUAAUUUGUUUCAGUUGACUAGCGAUGCUGAACAGUAUAACACUCAUGCACUUUACACCGUGUUUUCUCACUUUUUUCUUUGUUUGGGAUGUCUCUCACCCAUUGAGAACUCCAACACAACCUCUGCUCACUGCAUCAUUAGGAUGCUGUCUAGCAAUAUCCCUGUUCCACUCCCACAAGCCACCCUUCAUAUAGGAAUGCACAGCCAUCGUACCAGUCUACAGUAUUUCAGGAGCAUCCCUUAAUGCUUUUGCUUGGCACUGUGAUAUCACACACACUUCCAGAAAAAGAGCACAACUCCUUUGUCACUGCACCUUGACUCAUUGUUUCACUGUAUCAGAUUGUGUUUGUAUUCUCUCCUCUGCACAAUAUCCCUGAAAGACAUCAUGGCGGCCUCAGUGAUGGAGCAAGCCAAUGGAAUAGCUUCAGACAAUGUUCAAUUGUAUUCUUGUAUCUCUCUGUCUGGAUUAUGAAGUGUUUACUCCUUCUCCCUCUGGUUCUGGAUGUUUAUACUGGCACAAGGGCCCACAAUCAGAUUUUUCUUUGCAAACAUGGCACCCACAGCAUACUGUAUGCAAACCAUUUUAGAGGUAUAAUCUGGAUAUCUUGUUGCUCACCAAAUUCCCAGUACAGGGUCUAAUUGCUUGCUGUAGUAGUAAUUCUUGACCCCCUUUGAUGUCACCAUCCCUCUUACAGUAAUUAUCAUGGCUCCUAUUCUCCACAUACCAAUGCUGAAGCCAGAUAAUUCACGAGAAGCCUUUGUGACUGGGGAGGGGAUGUUCUAUGACCACUUUAGGGCUUUGGAACAGAGAUCUCCCACCUGUGGCUGAUACAGAGCCCUAGCAUUGCCCAAGAACCUUUGUAGGAGCUGUAGAUAUGUUACAUCUGAAGAGUCACAUGUUGGGGAACCCUUAUCUUUAAGUUAAGGCACAUAGCCCUUCUACUGUAUAUAAUUGUGACCACAAGACUUGUCUCCAUGCCUAAGAAUCACUAGGCAUAUAUGAUCCAAAAGCUGCUGGAUGCUGCCACCAUCCUGUCUGAUGUGGUUAAUGUACUGUGUUGACAGCAUUCCUGCUAUUGUAUUGUGCCAAUCUCGUUCACCAGUGCCUCUGUGGUAUCUGCAUCAUUAAUCCUGGUUGUUCCGCAGCGGACACUUCCAAAUGCAAAAGGAAUGACAGCGCCAGCUGCAUUAUUGCAGCGGUUUACAUCAUUCCUCCUGUGUAGGGGUGGACAGCUGUCCAGCUUUUUCUUCAGCUACAUCUCAGCCAGCCAACAGUCUAAUAGUUUGAGACAGAGGUGGAUAAACCUGUGGCAUUACAACUAUUGUAUAACAACAAUUCCCCAGUUCCUCUGACAGCUGAAUGCUCUUGAGGAUGCUAGAAGUUGUAGGACCACAGGUUGUCCUUCUCGGUUAGAAAGAAAUACACUGCGGCUGGUUCACCAUGUACAAUUUCUGUGCCAUAGAAGGUACUAAAGGUAUUUUUAUAUGCAAUAUUUGUGGGUACAGAGCUCCCGUUUCGGGGUUUUUAAUAGUGAAUUUUAACUAAUGGCUUUAAUAUGUUAAUUCCUUGUACCCCUUCCUAUGCAUUUUCAAUGGGCGUUCUCGUUACCUGCAUAACUAAAAAUCAGUAUUUUUAUCCUAUAUGAGAUGAGAGCAACUUAAGUUGUAAAGUAUUUUUCUACUGCCUUUUGAUUUCUUAUGUAUUUGGGGAAAGCACAAAAUGUUAAAGGUUCAGGAUACGGAGAACUUUAUUUUAGUCCUGUUCUGGAUGCAUUUGUAAAUAUUUUUCUCUAUUUAAAUGACUGUACUGAGAGAAGCUGGGUUUUUAUUAAUAAAACAAUGAAUUUUA